AUGUUCUCUAAUUUCAAACUAAGUAAGAAGGAGAAAGAUGAGGUGUAUUGCUAUGGGAGUGUGAGAUCUAAGCCGCCAAAACCACGUGCAAAAUAUCAAAGGCACGAUCCAGAAGGAAGAGGCGGAAACAAGAAAAUAUUAUGGCUAUUAAGGGCUCUAAUUCCAAGAUCCAAUAAACAUUUCUCAGCUCUGCCCUCAGAUAUAAAUAGGCAGUAUUUG